AUGUCAGAUGCUUCAGACUGUGAACAACCUCCAGAAAAUACAGAGCAGACAGAGACCAUCCCUAUUGUGGACUUGGAACCAUCUCUCGCCCUUCCUCCUCCUCCUGAGGAUGAAUGGGGCCCAAUUCCUGAGCACACCAAUGUGGACGCUUCUCGUUUUUCCUUCUCUCUCUAUGGAAUAAUUCCUGUGAUCCUGGGAAUCUUCAGCCUGCUGCUUUUGAUGCUGUGUGGAUUCUUUGGUUACCACUAUUUUCAAAGUGUUCAGGAAUCAGAGAGCAAGAUGAAGAGCCUUAACCAAUGGAUUGAGUCUUUUGAAAACAAAGAGGAAAUAUUUCUUCAGGUUCAAAAAGUUCUUGACCAAAAUGAAGAAAUCCUAGAGAAGCUCCAAAACCAGAAUGAGAAUAUGACUGAGGCUCUACAACAACUAAAUGCAAAAGGAGGAGACGGGUGUGGAUCUCCUCUGAGUCACUGGGUGCAACACAGAGACCACUGCUACCACCAGACUGUGAAAACGGUUUCUUGGUCGGAGUGUUCAGAGCUUUGUGUCUCUUUGAAUGCUACAUUUUUAAAGACAGAAAGGAGUAGAUUGAUGUGUAUUCUGAAGUUACUUGCAGUAAACCACACUUGGCUUGGCCUGUCUUAUAAGGAAGAGGACAAUGAAUGGAAGUGGGAGGAUGGUUCUCGUCCUUCUGGCCUUGAGUGGCGUCUACCAAAGCCAAGUAUGGAUUUCCAGGGGAAAUGUGUGUAUGCAGGUGUGCACACUGUCAACAUAGAUAACUGCACCGUGUCUUCCUCGUGCCUGUGUGAGAAGCCUGUCUGUGCUUAA